CGUCCGACAAGACUGUAGAGGGUGACUGUUGGGUACGGCCAUCGCACGCAGCAGGAGCCCUCAGACGACAACGACGCCUCCUCGCUCCCACAGCCAAGCUCCCCCCUCACGCAGCCAUGUGGAGAACCGGCCUGCUCUACCUCGACCGCGGGGACAGCUCCAUCCUCAACGCCCUCCGCAACGCCGGCUACGACACGCAGAACCAGCCCACGUCGCCCUCGCGCACCCCGCGCCGCUUCUCCAUGGCCAGCGACACGGAGAGCGCCCUCGAGGGCAAGCUCAAGCACGACAUCAAGGCCCAGCAGGGCGUCCAGCACUGGGUCAUGCCUUCGGACGUCAACGGCCUCAAGUUUGCCAGCCCCCGCGCCAGCCCCCGCACCAGGGCCAUCGACCCCGCCGACGCUCUCGGCCUGGCCACCGACGCAACCCUGUUCGAAGAGCCCGUCCUCUAUUCGCUGGAUCGAAUAAAGGAAGACGCGCACAACCCCGACUACUUUGCCUACGACCACCUGCAAAAGUCGCCUUCGCUCAAGGACGACUGCGACGAGCCGGUCCAUGUGCACAAGCGCCGCCCUUCGCACCUCCGCACCCCCUCGACCCCCACCAUUGAGUCGCGCCUUGCCAGUGCACAAAAAGCCUCGCGCUCCCUGCCCCUCCGUGCAAAGACAAACGAGGGGCUCCUGCAGCUGCAAGCAAACACAUCCAAGCCCCAGCGCUCCGCAAACACACACCAGCGCAGAAUCUCGCUCGGCCUCCCCAUCAAGGCUGCCAAUGCCCCCGGCGAAACCUCCCGCCUCUCGAGCCCAACAAACACUCGCUCCCUCCACCCAGCCACGCCAAAACGCCUGCCAAAGAAGACGGGCACCGCAACAGCCAUCCAGCAGGAGCGCGAUCUGGAAUACAAGCACCGCCACACCUUCAUCGGCACCGCCUCGCUCGAUGAUUUCCUCGAAGUCCUCGACGUCUCGCCCGAUCACAUCACAAACAAGGACGCAAUCAUAAGAGCCUUUAUCCUGCUAGCCUCCAGCGAGCGACUGCUUGCUCGCCAAGCAUCCCUCAAGCCCGAUGGAUGGAGCGUCAUUGCCCGCACCUCUGCCGAAACCGUAAACAGCGACUACGUCGAACAAGCACACGCCAAGCUCGGCUCCAUUGUCCUCCGCCAAUUCCUCGACCUCAUCACCUUCAACGAAGACGAAGAAGCAAACGCCAUGAGCGUCGUCGAAGCCUUCACUGCCGCAAGCCAUUUGGAUACACAAGCCAGCAAGGCAUCAGGGAGUAAGGCCAAAGCCUUUCGUAAAUGGAUGGUAAAAGCACUACCCCAAUAGGGUCACUGCUUUUGUUUUUUUUUCUUCACUUGUUUUCAAUUUUCAGUACACCUCUCUGCCCUUCUCAUGAUAAUGCGACACGAUGAUGCCGAAUGUCUUAUGUUAUUACUACAUAGCCCUUCCCCUUUCCCUUCUCCCAUCCAAAUUUCUACCUUUUCUUUCCUCACCCCCCAUCCCGCUCAGCCCAUUAGAUUAGUAACUCCUUCUCCUAAACCCUCCUCUCCGACCUUAGGAUAGUCCCCGCCACUCACACCUUGUUCUCAAGGCGCGGCUGCCGAAAAGAAUAGAUCCACUUCGAAGCCAAACGCUACCCUUCUCAAACACGUCCACACCCGUCUUGUAGUUUCCGAUUACAGAUACCCCGAUAACAUUGUUAUAUCACCACAAAAUCUAAAUGUAUAUUUUCGCC